CCUGAAUAUGAAAAAAUCUCGGAAUCAAAGAUUCCUCUUCGUAAAUAGUAACGUCAUAUCCUAAGUGACGUCACUAACAUUUGAAAUUUGACUACAACGAAUGCAAGGCGCGUUGAUACAUCAACAAACAUAAAAAAUACAAACAAACGCAUAUUACAUCAGUUGGGCAUCAUUUCGAUAUCGGAGGCUGUUCUGCUAACUGUCACAAUGCGGACUGGAUACUUAGCGGAGGGCCGGGUGAUGGGUCGGCGGUUUGUGCUAACAUUGGUGAUUGGGAUCUCUGCUGGGUUUAGUUUCGCGUACAUACUGCUAACCUCUUCUGGAUUCACGAGAGAGGUCGCUUGGUACACCCCAACGAACAGAGACGCAGCGCGAGAUCUUGACAAGCAUCCCUUACCUAGUGUAAUAGAGCACGGUAGCGAGGAACCAGUGCAUAGAGAUGAGGACAGGUCGAUCGCUGAGGAGUUGUCGCGGCGAGUACGCGUGCUGUGCUGGGUGAUGACGCAGCCUAGUAACCAUGAGAAGAAGGCCGCACAUGUUAAAGCCACGUGGGGAAAGCGGUGUAACAAACUUCUUUUUAUGAGCACGGUAGAAGACAGUUCGCUGCCAGCUGUGAAGUUGCCUGUGGAGGAGGGUCGUGACCAUCUGUGGGCUAAAACCAAAGCCGCCUUCAGAUACGUGUACGAACACCAUCGGAGAGAUGCAGAUUGGUUCCUUAAGGCUGAUGAUGAUACGUACGUAGUGGUAGAGAAUCUGCGCUACAUGCUCGCAGACUAUGACACCAACGACCCUAUGUACUUUGGAUGUCGCUUCAAACCGUUCACAACUCAGGGGUAUAUGAGUGGCGGUGCGGGGUACGUAUUGAGUCGCGGAGCGCUGGAACGGUUCGUGAGACGCGGGUUGCCCUCUCCUCAUCUUUGCAAGCCCUCCGACCACGGCGCUGAGGACGCUGAGAUGGGCAUUUGCCUGGAGCACAUCGGUGUGAAGGCGAUGGACUCCCGCGACUCUCAGCGCCGCGGCCGCUUCUUCCCAUUUGUACCCAAACAUCAUCUCUUCCCCAACAAGGACAAGAACUUCUGGUACUGGCAAUAUAUAUACUAUCCAUCGGAUGAGGGUCUAGAUUGUUGUUCAGACCACGCGGUGUCAUUCCAUUACGUGAACCCUGAAGAGAUGUACGUAUUGGACUAUUUGAUAUAUCACUUAAGACCGUACGGCAUACGACUGGGCGCCGGCGAACUGCCGCGGAUACUGCGCAAUGAUACAACUACCCUUGAUACUCAGUAACUGUGGUAACAUUAGGUAAUUGUGCCGACUCUCAGUAACUGUGGUAACACUCGGUAACUCUGGUUACACCCAAUGACUGUGGUGACUCUCAGUAACUGUGGUAAUACUCGGUAAUACUGGUAACGCCCAGUAACUGUGGUAACACUCGGUAACUGUGCCGACUCUCAGUAACUGUGGUGUUCCUUGAUAACUGUGCCGACUCUCAAUAACUGUGGUAAUACUCGCUAAUUCUGGUAACACCUAGUAACUGUAAUGACAUCCGGUAACUCUCGUAACAUCCAGUAACUGUGGUAACACUCGGUAACACUGGUUACACCUAGUAACUGUGAUGACACUCGGUAACUUUGGUAAUACCCAGUAAUUGUGGUAUUCGGUAACUGAGAUGACCACACGAUGUGGUGGAAAUUACCAUUAGCUGAUUUUAUUUAUGUGAUAAGUGCGGACUUGAUAUGUACACUGUGACUC